GCACAGCCUAGACAUUGGUAGUUGGUAGCUAUCUGGCAAUGUUUGCAACGACUCUGAGUAUCCUCUAGUUUCGGCAAGUGAAAUAAAACCUUUGUAGAGAUAGUAGAAGUCGAUCGAGUUGAAGGGCGACCGCGAACAGAUCUAUUUCGAAAACCUGUCAAAUCCUUUUUAUUCUUUUCGCUUCUCCCUUUUACACUCAUUGUUAGAUUGACCAAGAAUAAUAACAUAAUAUGACUUAUUUCGCCUUUUUCUCUCUCUUUACAUUGGUAUUUUUCUCCAAGUAAAAGUCAUAUGUUAUGCACUAAGACUGAAUAUGUAUUCGGAUGACUAUAUAUCUCUGUUUGAUUGUGAAUAUUUUUAAAGAUGUACUGACGGUGGGUCGGUUUGACUAAAAAGCUCUACAGCAAUAAAUAAAUAAAUAGGCAAAAAUGGGUUACUUGACCUAAUAUACGUUUUCACUAGGUUUCUGGAACUGUUCUGUACAACAAAUGUUGCCAGAAGAUUCACCGUAGUCGAUUACCUAUGUUUCCAUUCGUCUUUGAGAUUACCACAUCUAAAGAAAUAUUGAUCUUGGGGCUUCGAGGAAAUCUGAUGCCACGCCUAAACCACAAACAAGUAAGAGUUCGCUUAAUUCCUGUUUUAAACAGGACACUUUGGACUAUCUACAUAUGAAAAAAAGUCGAUAGAUUGCCGUUUUAGUUUUGAGAGAUACGAAGUGGUUUUCCAGAGAUCCUUUGAAAACCCGAUCUUUGAAAUUUUUCCGACACCAGUUUUUGCUUAUGCAAACAUAGCUUAAAGUCUUGGCUAUCGAAUGUUGAAAACCGCAUGUAAAUACCUUGCGUCGUUCACGACUUAUAAAUAAACUUAACUCAUGUCUGUUUAAACAGACAUCGGGAAUGAACGGGUUAACAGAAGAAAGACGUUCAACAGUUGCGUUCAGUCAAAUGCAUCAAAUCAGUAGUGGUUUAAAAUGUAUUCGAUGUACAAAAUCGGUUUAUGUUAAUGAUUGACGUGUCGUUUAUCAAUGUCCUUAUUGUCGUACCAUCGCUAAGAAAGCCGAUUGUGCAAGCAAUAAUGAAUUUCGACUGACUUACACCGGUAAAUAAAAAUGAAAGAUCAUCUCUAAUGUAACCUUCGUCCUAACUGUCGUGUUGGUUAUUAGAUUCUGAUGGUGUUGAUAAUGAUAUUUAUGUAAUUGAUAGUUUGCUACUUGCUGCUUUUAAGGAUAUAGAUGGAGAAUAUUUUAGUACCUUGGAUGAUAUGGUUGAUAAGGCCGAAUAUUUACAAACGAUGGGUCUUUAUGAAUUAAUAUUUAAUGUUAGAACAAAACGUACAGUUUCAUUGAAAAAGCAAUGUUAG